CAAGAGGACCAGAGGAGACGAGAGGUGACGAGAGGACCAGAGAGGACCAGAGAGGAGACGAGAGGACCAGAGAGGACCAGAGAGGAGACGAGGAUGGAUAAACUUCUUCUGAGCGUCGUCGUGGUGUCGGGACUGUGUGCCGUCUCAUCAGCUGCUGGACGUUACUACCAUGUUGUUCAUGAGCUGAAGACCAUGACUGAAGCCCAGCGUCACUGCAGAGAGAACUACAAGGACCUGGCCACCAUACGAGACCUGGAGGACCUGGAGACCCUGAAGACCCUGAAGAGACCGAUCCACUCACGAGCCUGGAUCGGACUGUACCAUUACCUGGACAACUGGAGGUGGUCACUGCCAAACACAAGUUACUACAAACCCGGGGAGACGGAGUUCAGACGAUGGGAUUCUGGACAACCGAACAACUACCUCAAUAAAGAACACUGCACAAUAAUGCAAAAUACAAAAGGACUAUGGCACGACGCCAUGUGUGAGCACACCCUCUUCCCAGUCUGCUUCGAUGUCAGAGGGCCAAACAGAUUUGUCCUCAUUUCCACCAAGAUGACGUGGACUGAGGCCCAGAGCUCCUGCAGAGAACACCACACAGACCUAGCCCUGGUGAGGAACAUGGAGGAGAACCAGAUUGUUCAGAGUCUGAAUCCCAUUGAAGUCUGGAUCGGCCUUUUCAGAGAUCCAUGGAAGUGGUCUGAUGGAAGUGACUCCUCAUUUAGGAAAUGGAAUCCUCCGGAGCCUCGUAAACCUGGUGGCUCCUCUGAGACUUGUGUGGCAGCAGACUUCAGUGCCGAUGGACGAUGGGAGACCCUGGACUGUAAAGUCAAGUCAGCCUUCAUCUGCUACAGUGACGUUGUUCCUGUUUCAAAGCGAGUGGUGAAAGUGAGGCUGGAGAAAAGAAGCUCCUCUCUGGAUCUGAAUGACCCCGUGGUGAUGGAGGACCUCUUGAAGCAGCUCAAACAGAGGCUGAAGGACCAGGGGCUGAACGACGACAUCAAACUGAGCUGGAAGAAGCAGUCGGAUGGAAAAGUCUUCCACAAGGAAGAGAAGAAGACCCAGAAGAAGAGAAGAGAUGAGCUGUAAUGUUCCUUUCUCCUCCUCUUCCUCCUUCUCUUGUUCCUCUCAACCAAUGGUAGAAGAACCAAAGUACCCAAGUCCAGACCCUUUGCUGUGAAGUACCCUGUUUCCAUGUCAUAGUCCUUUAGACUUUGACUCCACUACAUCGAUCUGUCAGCUAUAGUUUAUACACUCUAUGAAAUAAGGUUCCAACAGGUUCUUCCUGAGGGGCGGAGCUUCUACUACUUACAUGUUAAUGAGUCAGAAAGAUCCAAUAACAUGCUGGUUAUUAUAUUAGAGCUCUCUAGAAGAGGUUAUUCUGCAUAAAGAGUGCUUCUACUUUUGAUAAUGAAGAACUUCUUCACUAGUGUUUACAUCCAUAAUCCUGAAUGUAGGUCUUUUAUUAGUAAUGCUGUGUGUUUUCAUUGAGAUGAUGCUUCUUCUGCUUCAAUAAAACAUUUGAAUCAUC